AUGCCCUCCCUCACCGCAUCCUCGAAGUUCAUCGCUCCCAAUUCUUCACCCGUCAAACGACCCGCCGAGCAAGCAGACGAAGCGCCAAUGGCAAAGAAAAGUCGCACACACGCUUACCAGGCCAACCCGCUUGGGCUCAAGCCGCUGGGGAACCUGCUGUGGGCGCCUGAGCAUGGCAGGACCCGCGCAGAAGGACUUGGGAGACUAGGGGUGCUGCCGGACGAGCUGUUGCUCGGCUCGGUGUUCAGCUUACUGGAAGGGGAGGAUUUCGUGCGGAUGGCGGGAACGUCGAAAGCCUUCUUCGCAUGGAGCUGUGUCGAGGGAAUGUGGAAGGGGCUGUAUAUCCAGAGGACGCAAGGACUGCUCUUGCGGUGGUGGGGUUCCUGGCGGGCUUCCUACAUCAACUCGUUCAUCCGCCCUUCCACCGAAUCCUCCCCCGCCCCGACUUUCGAGCAUCCCCUCCCUUCGUCGACCAUCUCGACACCGACGCUCCACUCGGACGUCCUCUUCCAGCCCGCUCUGUGCGCCGCCUUCGACGCCUGCUCCAUCUUCCGUUCCCCUUCUUUUGUCUCUUCCAUCCCUCGCAUGUCCGGCAAAGGCCUCUCGCCCGCCUCUCUGCCCGCCGAACCCGUCAUCCUCACCGACCUCAUGAGCUCAUGGGCCGCCAUGUCUCCCUCCCCUUCUCGUCGCUGGACGCUCGACCACCUCGCUCGGCGUUUCCCGACGCAGCGAUUCCGCGCCGAAGCGACCCUCACGACUCUGCCCAACUACACACUCUACCACGACAAUUGUCCUCAGGAUGAAAGUCCACUUUACCUGUUCGAAUCGGAGUUUGUGCGGAAGACGGAAGGGUUGGGCGGACCGAGUUUGGGAGAAGACUACGAGGUGCCUCAGUGCUUCUCGGAGGACUUAUUCAGCGUGAUGGGCGACGAGAGGCCCGACUACCGCUGGUUGAUCGUCGGACCUGCCCGCUCCGGCUCAACCUGGCACGUCGAUCCGAACCACACCAGCGCCUGGAACGCGGUCACAGUCGGCGAGAAAGCCUGGGUCAUGUUCCCGCCGGACGUGACGCCGCCGGGUGUGUAUGCGAGCGAGGACGGUGCGCAUGUCGAGGCGCCGCUGAGUUUGGCAGAAUGGUUCAUCUCGUACUACGCUGCUGCCAAGGCAACCUUCGGACCGAAGGCGAAGGACCCUAGUAAGCGAGGGAAGAUGCGCGAGGGGAUCUGCCGCGAAGGCGAGAUUCUGUAUGUCCCGAGCGGAUGGUGGCACAUCGUGGUCAACCUCACUCCCGCCAUCGCUGUCACCCAAAACUACGUCUCGCACCGCGAACUCCCCGCCGUCCUGCGCUUCAUGCGUGACCGGCCCUCGCAAGUCUCGGGCUUCAAGCUGCGCGACACAACUUCCUCCUCCAACGCCUCAGAACUGCAGGAAGGCGGACUGGACGAGGACGACUGCGACGAGACGGGCGGAGGAAAGGUGUUCGGUCGGUUCGUCGAGGCGAUGCGAGGAGCUGGGCGUGCGGAGAUGGUCGACAAGGCGCUCGAGGAGAUUGGCGGGAUGGAGCGGCGGGUCAAAGAUGCGGAGGGGAAGAAGAAGGGAGGCUUGUGGACCUCCUUGAAGCAGGAGGAAGGGGAGAAGGCGGAGGAGGGGAAGAGCGAGGGCGGCGGCUUCUCGUUUGGAUUCGGUCUUGGCGACGGUGAGCUCGACGACGAGCUGGACUUGUAG